AUGAACAUUCACGACGAGAUCAACAAUCCCCGGCCAGGAGGCCCGCCACGGCGAGGUGCCCGCCUGGCUGGCCGACAGCCCGGUCUGGCCCGCGGUGAAGCCCAGACGGGCGGUGGCCAGCUCUUCCUGCACCAGGCCACGGGGCUGGAGCUGUUGGGCUACGGCCACAACCUGGUGAUCAGCACCGGCACCGCCAGCGGCAAGUCCCUGGCCCUGGCCCGGGACCAGGUCAUCCGCUGGCGGAACAUGGCGGAGGCCGCCGGUCUGGACCCCGCCGCCAUCAACCGGAUAGACGGCGACGUGCGCGACCUGACCGAGCGGCGGCAGAUACUGCAGCGCACCCGGCUGGCCCUGAUGACCCCCGACGUGAUCCAGCAGUGGCUGAUGGCCUACUCGGAGCCCCUCUACGACAAACGGCCGCUGCGCCACGACCUCAGGGAGGUGCAGAACACCCAGUACAACGUGCGCCGCUUCCUGUCCAACCUGGCAUACCUCAUCCUGGACGAGGCCCACACCUACGGACGGAGCGCUGGCACCCACUGCUCUACUUGGUGCAGCGGCUGCAGCAGAACGCGCGGGAGCUGA